UAACAGAUUCAAAGCAAUUUCGGAAAAUGAAGCUUGCAAUAUUUCUGGUUUUCCUUGGGGCAUUACUUUGCUUUAUUCAAGCAAAACCAGCCCAUGACCAAGAAAGACUAGAACAACUAGAACAAAAAGAAUUUUACAGGGAGAACAAAAAUGGCCGUGUACGACGAGCUGCUAUCAAAGAAAGAUGGCUUUGGCCCAAAGGAAAAGUGUACUACAGCUUUCACAAAAAUUUGAAUAAAGCUGGUCAAAACCUCGCCAUGAAAGCAAUGAGACACUGGAUGAAAAAAACUUGUUUGAGAUUUUACAAAAUAAGAAAGAAUUCUAAGAGAAAGUUUUACGCCGAGUUUAAGUAUGGUGGGGACUGCCGUGCAGCAAUUGGAUAUGCAAGGAAAACCAAGCAGCUAAUCUCAAUCGGAAGUAAAAAAAAACCUUGCUCAUUGGGCUCCACAAUACACGAAAUUGGACACACAGUUGGAUUCUUUCACGAGCAGGCGCGUCCUGACCGAGACCGGCAUAUAAAAGUUCUAUGGAAAAAUAUGAAACCAGGAAAAUGGGUCAAAGACCAAUUCAAAAAGGUUGAUAAGAAGUGGGUGAAUUCUCGUGGUCAUAACUACGACUACAAGAGCAUUAUGCAUUAUUCGCCUUGGCAAGGCGCUAAAGACAGGAAAUCACCUGUUAUGAAGCCCAAGAAAAAGGGGGCUAAAUUUGGUGGAAGAGACGAACUGAGUGACGGGGACAUCGCCCAAAUAAAAGACAUGUACAAAUGUAACGGUAAAGGUCAAAGCAAACUACCAGACUACAUUCCAUCUCCAGGCGAAGACGAAGAGAUUAACGAAGAAACAGAAGGACCAAAACCAGGAGAUGUCGAGGAAUAAUGAUAUGUCAAUUAUAACAAAAAUAAAAUAAAUAAAAAUGUAAUGUAAAAUGUAAAUAAGUUGAUUUGUCAUAGUAU